AAUAAACGUAAAUUGUGGAUGCAAGAUGAUUCCGAAAGAAUUUGUGAAAAAUCACGAAGAGGAGCUACGAGGACGCGUGCACUUGAAGGCACCCGGCAGUGCAGCUUGGCCAGUGGAUGUGGUGAGAACACAAGGCGAGGUCUGGUUGCAAAAUGGCUGGCCUGAAUUCGCCAAAUUUUACUCGCUUUCUUUUGGUUCUCUGUUGGUUUUUGAGUACUUGGAGCAUUUUAAUAUUCGAGUGCGUGUGUUCGACACGAGUGCAACUGAGAUAGACUAUUCUUUAACAUGUGAUCCGAAUCUUGAUGAUGGAGAAUCAGUACCCCGGGUGAGAAAGAGAGAUAGUUCAAGGAGAUGUGAACUAGUCAGGGCUUGUAAGAAGACCAGGGCAAGUACUGAGGAAACCUUCCAUAAUGGAUUCAAAUUGAAGCAAGAAAAAGCAAAUGGAGAUCGAGGUUCGGCUAAAGAAGAGAUAGAGAGAGCAGUUAACUUGGCUGCUUCUUUUAAAUCUGAGAAGCCCUUCUUUAUUAUUCAUAUGAGACCAACAUAUGUAAGUGGAGUUAGCGUGGAGGUAAGGAAAAGCUUCCUAGAGACUUUCAGAAAGUGGAAGAACAAGGGGAAGGGGCAAGUCAUCUUUCAAAUUGGAAGAAGAAGCUGGCUGGUUGGAUAUACAUUCAGUGCUGGGGAUCGUUGUACUCUAACCGCUGGCUGGAAAACGUUUAGAACAGACAAUUCACUUAAGGUAGAUGAUGUUUGCGUGUUUGAGCUGAUCAACCCCUCUACAAAAUUGUUUAAGGUCAUCAUAUUUCAAGCAAAAUGUGAGGCUGCCUGAUCUAAAUUUCUCGGAGAACUUCAAUUAUAUCGCUAUAAAUUAUGAUAAUUGAGAUCCUUGUUGCUUUCUUGCUCUGCUUUGCUUCUAAAUAUUGUUAUUAUUAGUUGUGGCAAACAGAACUUAAGUUUUGUAAUUCAUGUUGAUAGGUUUGCCAAUAUUAAUCUUUUAGAUGCUGAAUUACAAUAUUUAGCCAGUACUUAUCUUUCAUCCUGCAAAUAUGUCCAGUUUUUUCAGAAUUGCUUAUGUCUGAGAUUACUUCAGAGAGCAAGCUUGUGAUACGUUAACCUUGCCCAGCAAGACGCCCAUUCUCAUCUCGAAGAGUGGUGAUGAUUAAGAUUCAAUACUUUUGCCUAAACAAUUUAUUUGUUAAACAUACUAAAAUUAUAUGCUUAAAUUAGAUGGGAGAAAAGUGGAAAAAGAAGGAAGCACAUUGCCUUUUCUUUUUAUUCGAGACGUGUAUGAAGCUGUUGCUUUAUUUUCUCGUAAUGACUUUAGACCUUGAUACAAAUUAGUGAUCUAGAUCUUUAUUGUCUCAACAUUCAAACUGAGUUAUUCAACAAUGGAGCACUUUAGCCAUCCCAAGCAUCUGCUGAUACUGAGAGAGGACGAUGAUUUCAGAGAGAAUGAUAUCUGUUGUGUUUGCAACAAACCAGUUUUAGCCUCUCCCACAUAUAUUUGCACUAGUUCUGAUCAUAGUGAUUGUCAAAGUUUCUACUUGCACAAAAGCUGUGCAGAAUUACCCACAAUUAUUGAUCAUCAUAAGCACAACCAACACCCGCUUACUCUCCUAGCACGUCCUGAUGAAUACAUAUGUGAUGUCUGUUCUCGUCUUGUGAAGUUUGCUUAUGCAUGUGAGGAAUGUACAGUUGAUGUUUGUGUGUUUUGCGGUCUGGAGCAAAGGGUGCUUUGUCAUGAAGGUCACCAGCAGCACAAAUUAACAUUGAUGAAUAGGGAAGCCUUGUUUAAGUGUGAUGCUUGUGGAGAGGAAGAUAAAGACUCUUCCUACGUUUGCACCACCUGUGAAUUCUGGAUCCACAAGACAUGUGCUUUAUCGCCCUACAUUAUUCCAACUCAAGCUUAUCACCAUCAUCCCCUCUUUCUCAUCUACUCCAUUCCUCAGAUGCACCGCCAAUUUGAACGAGAGUGCAACAUCUGCCACGAAGUAGUUUACAAUAUCAACUGGAUGUACUAUUGUCACAAAUGCACUUACUUUGUGCACAUGAGGUGUGCUAUGUCCUCGGAUACAGUACCUAUUGUAACUGACACUGAAGCGGCUGACAUUGAUGAUGAAACUGUUCUGCUACAAUUUCCUCUGCCUCACGAGGAGUCACUAUUCGAUCUUAUUAUCACCCAGUGUGGCAAAUUCCAAGUUGAUCUUCAGGGUGAAGGGGAAAGCAGUACCCCUAUACCUGAUAAUCCACACAUAAUUGAAGGGCACUGGAGUCACGAGAACCAUCAAUUAGAACAACUUCAAUUCGCUACCAGUAAUGAUGAUAAUGAUGACAACGAUGAUGAUAGGAGAGUGAUGAUAUGCAACGGCUGCAUUCAGCCCAUAACUGAUACUCAUCCGUCAUAUUAUGCUUGUGUCCAGUGUGGUUUUUUUCUCCACUCCUUCUGUGCCACUAAGCUGCCACCUGAGUUGCCUAGAGGAGCAUCCUCAUUCCACCCCUCACACUCACUCGUGCUUUAUAUGAGUGAUCAGUUUUACGGUUAUGUGGACUGUGAAGUUUGCGGUUACUGCACAAAUGGAUUCUACUACAAAUGUGAGGACUGUGAUAUCAAAAUUGAUAUCCGCUGUGCAUUUUUGCCUAAAAGGAUAAAACAUAGAUCUCAUAAACGCCACUCCCUUGUUCAGCGUCCAUUCUCCAAUUCCAUUUGUAGUGUCAGUAACUUAAAGAUUACUAAUGGUGUGGAAUAUGCAUGCGAGACUUGCAGCAGCUUCCAGAUUCAUAUAGAUUGUGUAAUUUAUCCAAGUAGGAUGAAUCACAGGUAUGAUCUUCACGCGGUGACCUUGAGAGAGCCUCCAUUCUUCUACGAGGGAGUUUUCUACUGUGAAAUAUGUGAAGAACAAGUUAACAAUCAGCGGUUGCUCUAUCAUUGUGACGAAUGUGAUCAUUCAUUUCACCAUUAUUGCUUACGUUGGUACGAGAGCUUCAAGUUUGGAGGGAUCAUAAACCGGAUAAUUCAAGAACAACCACACGCACUUGCAUUGGUUCUGAAAAGGACUGCAAGAGACAAAUCUCCCCUUUACAUUUGCGGAAUUUGUGAGGAGGGUUACAAUUUCCUUUUCUUUUUCGAAUGUGGUGGCUGUGGAUUUCUUGUCUGCUGCAACUGCUUCGGAGAAAUCACUGACUCCACAAACUCAACCUCGGGUUCAGGCUCAGUUUCAUGUUAAAUCUCUACUGUCAACUCAGCUCAAGCUGAAGCUCAAGUUUUUCUAAUGUUUUAAUGCUCUUGAAUGAGUGUGCUUUGUAAUGGUACUUAAGAUCAAAUUGCAAUCUCUGUGUAAAUUCUUGUCAGUAUAAUUUCAUAAUAACAAUCAAAUUGAGAGAACGAGUGGUUGAGCAAGUUUUGCAAGCCUUUUAUACUAGAUCAAAUUUGUAACAAUUUUAAA